AGUGACUGUCUGAACCAUAUCAAAACAAGCCUCUACCAAGUGAUGAAAUAUUUGUACCACUACGCAUCAUCCACUUGUUUCACUUGUAAAAUGCCAUUACAUUAUUCUUGUGAAAGUACUAGUAUUUGACUUGCUCGCUAAAAUUCUCCCCUUUUGACUCACCUAACCUGAAAGUACCUUAUCCCCAAACCAAAAUUCUACAGCAAGAAUACUUUGCUCUGAUGUUCUUCUCAUCUCGACAUUGGACCUCUUAAAGCCUUCUUCAAGGUCGAAACCCACGUUUGAAGCCUUCAUCGUCGCAUCAAGAUGGUCCUUCUUGUUGCUUCUCUCCUCAAGUAAGUUAACUCUGAUGUUGCACUGACCUAGCCUUUAGGGCUUCUUUCCUUGUCAGCUUGUUUAUUCUUUAGCCAGAGACCGCCGUACAAGGCACAUAUCAUCUCUACUUUUUUUCUGGUGCAACUGCAACAGAUAUGAAAACCGAAAUUAUUUGUGCAUAAAGGCUGCUACUGCAGCAGCUUUUCUCUGCAACGGUUGUCUCCAAAACUUCUGCAUAUAGAACAUGUUGGUUUGAAGCUAUCCCUUUGCACCGCAAGAUCACAACCUCAACAGCCAGCCAUACACCGACACAUCCAAGAAGUCUAGACUCUGGCCCGGAGGUGGCGAGUCCGGGGAUGCUGGAUGCUGCCGGCGUCAGAGAAGGCGAAGGCAUGGGGUCAAGCGUCUUCUGCUGUGUGGCUGUGACGUCCAGGAGCAAGAAGGGCAAGCAGCUGUCUUACUUCCGCUCCACCGCUGUGGGUGAGGAGGAAGCGGAGGCGGCACGCGCGCUGGCCACUCUCUGCCUCAACCACGCGCCGGAGCACCACAGGUGGCACCACCACACGGUUGACCGAAGGCGCAUCUUCGCGUUCCUGGCGGGCGACGACGGGCGCACGUACCUCGCCAUCGCGGAGCCCACGCCAGGCAGCGCUGAGGUCGUCCAGUUCCUGGAGCGCGUCCGCGACACUUGCAGUGCCACGCCCAGGAGGCAACGGAACGAGGCGGUGUCCAGCGUGGUGCAGCAGUUUGUGCAGAUACUGCAAGCCGGGCCGAGCUCCUCCUCCACCACACACCAUAUGCUCCCAGGCACUGGCGGUUCGUUUAGCGAGCCUUCAUCUGCGGACGAGGAGGCGCAGCCGGAGGAAGGCGCGACACAGCGGCGGUCAAGCCGGCCCUCCUGGAGGCACACGUGGUGGCGGCGCCACGCCAUGGCCGUGAUCGGCGUGGACGUGGUGCUGUGCCUGGUCCUGUUCAGCGUUUGGAUGGCGGUGUGCCAUGGGUUCAGCUGCGUACAGCGAUGAACAGCAUCAUCUGCGAUCGCAAUGUAAUUAUUAUCAGUAUUACGUGCAUGGUUUGCUCCCCAGCUUACUGUCCACGAAGGCCGUCUCCCUCGGCUCAUCGUAGUAUCCUACUGUACCGACAUAUAAGUAGACCGAUCUAGGGAGCUAAGCACUGAGAUUAGCUUGUGGUAGCUGUGGUUGUUAAUUUAAAAUGGUAAUCUCAUGCCGAAGAAUCACUCUGAAAUUUCUCGUGUUUCUGUGGUUGAUGACUGUAAUCGAGAUUUAUCAUGUGGCAUGGCAGUGGUGGAACGACUGCUCAUGGUCGGCUUUGUUGGUUUCUCUUGUUCCAAAUAACAACUUGCAGAAGAUUGCUGUGAA